AGAUAGUUACUAUUUCCUUGCUUCUGUUAUUGCAGUCGGCUGCUGCUUCCUUUUCCUUCGAGAGAGAGAGAAAGAAGAAAGCGGAGGACCACACCGCGGAGAAGGUGAGCAUACCGCCAUCUCUCUCUCUCUCUCUCUCUCUCUCUCUCUCUCAGAGUUCCUUCCUCUUUGUAUAAUGAAAUUGAGAUCCUUGUCUUCGCCGUCGUCAUCAUCGCUUCCUUCAGAGGCGAUCGCUUGGAGGUUAAGAAAUACGAGAACAGAUUCUUGCUGAAAACCGUUGCAGGUCAAUUCGAUUCGAUCUGGUCCCCUUUUCUUGCUUCAAUCUGGCGGGGAUUAAGGGAACCCUAGCUUCUCUCUUGCUCUUCGCCUUUGCUCGCCUCGCCGACCUCUUUGAUUUCAAGACUCGUAAGCGCCGCCGACGAGGCGGCGAUCGCCGGAGGAAGAUGCUGUGGAUCAUGAAGCUCUCCGGUUUCCUCUCCGCCGCAAUGGUGAUGAUCGUCCUCUCUCCCUCUAUUCAGUCAUUUCCGCCGGCGGAGGCCAUCAGAUCGUCUCAUUUCGACAGCUAUUUGAGACCGGAGACCGGCAGCGGCGAUCGCCGGUUCUCGUUCCUUCAAGCUCCAAUGUUCCGCAAUGCCGACUCGUGCGACAAGAUCUCCGAGGGAUUCUCCAACUCCACCGCCUGCGACCCGUCGCUCGUCCACAUCGCCAUUACUCUCGACGUCGAGUACCUCCGAGGCUCGAUCGCCGCCUGCCAUUCCGUCCUCCAGCAUUCUCUCUGCCCCGAGAACGUCUUCUUCCAUUUUCUCGUUUCCGAUACCGAUCUUGAAACCCUAGUCCGCGCCGCGUUUCCCAAACUCCGGUUCAAGGUCUAUUUCUUCGAUGCAGACCGAGUCCGAGGCCUAAUCUCUUCAUCAGUUCGUCAAGCACUGGAGCAACCUCUCAACUACGCGAGAAACUACCUCGCUGACAUUUUAGAGCCCUGCGUUCGCCGAGUGAUCUACCUCGACUCCGAUCUCGUCGUCGUCGACGACGUCUCCAAGCUCUGGCGAACUUCUCUCGGUUCGAGAACCGUCGGUGCUCCGGAGUACUGCCACGCCAACUUCAGCAAGUACUUCACCGAGAAGUUUGGUCCGACUCACCCGCGCUCGCCGGUAGUCACGGGACGAAAACCCUGCUACUUCAACACGGGAGUCAUGGUGAUGGAUCUCGACCGCUGGAGGCGGUUAGGUACAGUCGCUCGCUCGGAGCGUUGGAUGGAGGUCAGAAGUGCUGGCCGCGGCGAACGGCGGAUCUACGAGGCUGGGGUCUUUGCUGACCCGUUUCUGCUGGUGUUCGGCUCGGACACGUGGCGCCCAUCGACACAGGUGAAAUAG